UUACGCUAUAAAUAUGACAUCUGAAGACGCAGAAAUCGAAAUACCACCUCAAGAGUUAAUUCCUUUUGAAUUUUACAAAUUACCUGGUGAAGAUUCAGAUGGUUACUCGACAGAAGAAGAAUACACACCACCAAUAGAUAGAGUUUCAGCCAUAUUAGAAUAUCUAAGAUUAGAUCACUUAAACAAAGACGAAAAAGAACAUGUAACACAAAUUAUUAAAGAAUUUCCAGACAGUUUUCAUCUCCCAGGAGAACAACUCACCCCAACUAAUAUGGUUCAACAUAAAAUCAUUACAAAAGACGAAAUACCAAUCCACGUUAAACAAUAUAGAUUUUCACCUACUCAAAAAGAAGAAAUCGAUAAAGUCAUCGAUAGAAUGAAAUCCGAAGGAGCUAUAGAUUCCUCUUGUUCACCAUAUAACUCACCAUUAUUAAUAAUUCCAAAAAAGAUUGACGGAAGUGGUAAGAAAAAGUGGCGAAUAGUAAUUGAUUUUCGAGCACUAAACGAGAAGACAAUUGGUGAUUGCUAUCCAUUGCCAAAUAUUACUGCUAUACUUGACACCAUCGGAGGCGCUCAAUAUUUCUCGGUAUUUGAUUUAGCCAGUGGAUUCCAUCAAAUUGAGUUAGACCCUAACGAUAGGUCAAAAACAGCAUUUUCUACUACACAUGGACAUUAUGAAUACAUAAGAAUGCCCAUGGGAUUAAAAAAUUCACCAUCAACGUUCCAAAGAUUAAUGGAUCAAGUUUUAACUGGACUUCAAGGUGUUGAAUUAUUCGUGUAUUUAGACGACAUCGUAGUGUACGCAAAUGAUCUAGAAGAACAUGGCAAGAAGGUAAGAAGAUUACUACAAAGAUUAAAAGGUGCCAACCUUUCAUUACAACCAGAAAAAUGCGAAUUUCUUUUCAAAGAAGUAGCAUACUUGGGACAUAUAAUAAGCAGUGAAGGAGUAAAACCUAAUCCAAAAACUGUAGAAGCGGUUAAAAAUUUUCCGACUCCUAAAACACCAAGAAAUAUAAAACAAUUCUUAGGAUUGGCAGGAUAUUAUCGAAGAUUUAUCAAGGAUUUUUCAGCAAAGGCCAAACCAUUGUCUAAUCUACUAAAAAAGGAUGUAAAAUUCGAAUGGAAACAAGAACAGGAAGCUAGUUUCAAAGAGCUAAGAGAAGCUCUAUGCACUAACCCAAUUUUACAGUAUCCAGACUAUGAAAAACCUUUCACAUUAACAACUGAUGCAUCUGAUUUUGCUAUAGGUGCAGUAUUAAGUCAAGAAAAAGAUGGAUUUGACUUGCCUAUUGCUUAUCUUUCCAGAGUAUUAAAUGCGCCAGAAUUAAACUACUCCACAACUGAGAAGGAAUGUCUAGCAGUACUAUAUGCAGUUCAUCACUUUAGACCUUAUAUUUAUGGAAAGAAAUUCACUUUAGUCAGCGAUCAUGAACCAUUAAGGUGGAUUGCCACUAUAAAAGAUCCAGGACAACGACUUAUAAGAUGGAGAUUAAAACUGAGAGACUACGAGUAUGAAUUUCAGCAUAAAUCGGGAAAAUUAAACACCAAUGCCGAUGCCCUAUCCAGAAAUGUUAUAGAAGACGAAAUAAAUGAAAAUUCCCAAAUCAACGUUGAUCAAAAACAAGUGAAAAUUUUAAUCAAUAAACGUGUUGAUAAAAUUCCAAAGAAACCAACUAAACCAUCAACAACCGCUCUGUCUAAUCCUCAAAAGUCAAAAAUACAACCUCCAAAAUCAAUAUUAAAACCAUCUACUUUAAAAUCUACUUUAGAACAUAGUACUAUUGGUUCAAGACUAGCACAAAGACGAGCUGCACAACAAUCUACUUUGAAAUCUACUCUAGAUCAGAAUACUACUGGUUCAAGGUUGACACAAAGACAAGCUUUACAACCAUCCACUUCAAAAUCCAAUUUUAACCAAAGCACUAUUGGAUCAAGAGUAGCACAAAGACGAGCAUUACAACCUAGAGUAAAAACAAUAGACGAAGAAUCAAUUGACAGUAGCACUGACGAAGAGAGAGAGAUACCAAUUCCUCCCAUUCAAAAGGCAAGUAGAAGCUUACUUCCCAGUUUGAAACUUCCACCAGCGGCUUUAAAAAAUAUACCAGGCCCUAAAAGUGCACCCCCACAAAUACAACCCAAAGUUGUAAACUUCCCAAUCCCAGAAACCACUGUAAUAACAAUAGAACCACCAGUUAGCGAGAGUGAAGAAAGCUCUGACGAAGAAGAAGCUAACGCAAUGAACUUAAGCAGAAAAGAAAUAGCUAAAGAUCUAGGAAAUUCCAUAUCUCGUUUUAACGAAUAUGUAAAACAACAUGAAGAUUGGCUAAUAGACUCACCACAAUCCCCUAGAAAUUGGCUCACUCUUUCUGACGGAAACGACGAUGAAAGUAUUCAUAAAGCGGCUAAUGAAUUAAUUCCAGGAGACCACACGGAAUUUUCACAAAAAUUAGAUUUCCAAUGGGAUUAUGCCAAAGGCGAAUCUAUGUGGGAAGACAAACAAAUAAACAACUCAAACAAUGAAACAUUUACUAAAAAAGUUGUAAAUCCAGAAGAAACAAUACAUUUAACACCAAAAAAAGCUCACACGGAUAUAAACAAGAACAAAAAUGUAACUUUCAGAUCCACUUCAUCAGAACCCAACACACCUGUAGUUUUCAAAACUCCAAAGGCUAUGUCAACACCUUAUCACACUUCAUUACAUGAAAUAGAUGUAGAAUCAGACGACGAAACUGACGAAAAAGAUGAAACAGAUAUAGAAUCGAAUGACGAAACAGACGAAGAAAAAGAAACGGAUGAAGAAGAAGAAAGCGAUACCACAGAAAAUGAAAUUGAAGAAAAUAAAACUAAGUCAAAUUCAAUAACAACAACACUCCUAGAAAGUAUUCCUCCAAAUUUGCCUUCAUGUUAUUCAAGAAUACCAGAAAAACCUUCAAAUAUUACAAGUCAUAGAGAAAAUCUAACUUAUCAUCGGAACAAUUACGUGCAUUUUCUAUCUGCUGAUUGUGAAUUUACCACCCCAAUAAGUAGAUUACUUAUAGAUAUUGCAGUAAUAGACCCAGAAGAAAUUAAAAGCAAAAAGCCCAUUAAAGGACAAAUUCUAGUAACCCCAAGAGGAAGACACAAUGUAUAUUCCGUAAUAGUAAAAGACAACUAUUACGAUCUAUUAUUAAAGGAAGACAUCAUUUCAGGAAUACGGAACUUAAAAAUUCUCCUGUAUAAAGAAAAAGCAAAAGAAAUCAGAAUUUCUCGACACGGAGACUUCACUGACGAAUUAAUGAAAGGAGAAUUAAUGCAAAUGAUUGAAUCAAUCUUCUAUAACAGCAAUAUUAAUGUAACUAUUUGUCAUGGACAAGUAUCUGUUCCAAAAGAAGAAAAUAGAGAAGAUAUUAUCAGUGAAUUUCAUAAAAGCAAAAUAGCAGGACACAAAGGAAUAGUAAAAACUUACAGAAGAAUUCGCGAAAAAUUUUACUGGCCUAGAAUUAAAGAACAGGUAACAGAAUUUGUAAGAAGAUGCCCCACAUGUCAAACCCAAAAAUUGGUUAGGGCAAAAACCAGAGAACCAAUGAUUAUAACAGACACACCCUUAGACGUUUUUGAUAAAGUCUCUUUAGAUACUGUAGGAAAACUCCCCACAACCCCAGACGGAAAUUGUCACAUUUUGACCAUGCAAGAUCACUUAUCUAAAUAUUGCAUAGCAGUACCAAUACCAGACAUUUCAGCAACUACAAUUGCCCAUGCAGUUGCCAAAGAACUAUUCUCAGUCUAUGGAGCCCCUAAAGUAAUUUUAACUGAUAAAGGCACUUCAUUUAUUGGUAAAUUAAUGUCAAAAUUAUCAAAAAUAUUUAAAGUCAAACAAGUAACAACCUCCGGUUACAGACCCCAAACUAAUGGAGCAUUAGAACGUAGUCAUGCAGUAUUAGCCGAUUAUAUAAAACAAUACGCUACGGACUGCGACGACUGGGACAGAUUAUUACCCUUCGCAAUGUUUGCUUAUAAUACUUCAGUACAUGAAGCAACUAAUUUCACUCCUUAUGAGCUAGUUUUUGGUAAAACUGCUCGUACUCCUAGCUCUUUUCCCCAAGAAGAAAAAUUAGAAACCUAUGGUUCCUAUUUAACAGAGCUUAUAAACAGACUAAUCGAAAUAAGAAUUUUAGCAGCCAAAAAUUUAAUAGACUCCAAAACAAAAUCCAAAGAAAGAUACGAUAAAUCGAUUAAACCUUUCUUAGGAAAAAUAGGCGACAAAGCCUAUGUCUUAAUAGAAGGUAUGAAAAGAAAAUUUGACCCCCAUUACCAUGGCCCAUACACAAUUGUGGAUAUCCUUGAUAAAAACAAUAUGUCAGAAUCAAUCAUUUUCACUCCACCAAUCCAAGGAGAAUUGGUAAGAAAUUAUGUGUUCCCCAAAGGAAACAUUGACAAUAUUAAUUACCCAAAGGGAAUAUUGGAAGAACUGACUGCAGAAUAUAAUUUGGAUAAACCAACUUAUACCGUGGACAGGACCACUGGUCCUGAAUUAGGUAGACUUUGGAGAGUAAAAUGCAUAGUCACAGAUAAUAAAAACAGCAACGCAUUUAUUGCAACUGGCGAUAGUUGUAGAACUAUUCGAGAAUCGGAGCAUUCAGCUGCGAAAAUCAUAUUAAAAGAAUUAGACAAAACAUAUUAUUUUAGCGAAGAGGAGAAACCACGAUCAUUAAAACACAAAAUUCAUGUUAUGACACAUGAAGAGCCUUCGUUAAUAAAAUUGAAAUUGUAUAAAUGGGAAAAUUGCUGCGAAUAUUGUUACAAAAGAGGACAUACAAAAGAUCACUGCUAUAGCGUGAUUAGGAAUAAGAAAAUCCUCAAUAAACAAAAUCCAUUUAACGAUAAAGAUAAUGAUUCAGAUGAUUUUUGGGAUAUACCAGGUCCCACUUGUUCAUGGGACUAA